AUGAUCAUUAUUAUUAUUACGGUUGUUCUUAUGGCACGGCGGCCGUUAAUCAGUGACGCGAAGAUCAUUAACAUCACCAACAAGAUCGGCAGCAAGAAGGCGCUGAUAGUCCACUGCGAAUCCGUAGACGACGACCUCGGGACCCUCGCGGUGAACUCCGGCGACGUCUACCAUUGGGAGUUCGAGGACAACACCCUUUUCCGGCCGGCGGUUUUUUGGUGCAACCUCGCGUUGGAAGACGGCCGUCUUUCCUUUGUGGCAUACGUUGAACGAGAAGGCGGUGGUGGGUACGCGGUCAUGGGAUACGAUGUCAACGAAACUGGGCUUUACGGCCCUGACAUGUAUGAUGAGAGGAAGCAGCAGCUGGUGACGACGACAAUAUUGAUCAUCGUUAUCACGAUUGUUCUUAUGGCAGUAGUAAUAAUCAGUGACGCGAAGAUCAUUAACAUUACCAACAAGAUGAGCAGCAAGAAGGCGCUGAUAGUCCACUGUGAGUCGUUAGACGACGAUCUUGGGGCACUCGCCGUGAACUCCGACAGCGUCUACCAUUGGGAGUUCGAGGACGGAACCUUUUCCCGGCCGGUGGUUUUUUGGUGCAACCUGGCGUUGGAAGAUGGUCGUCUUUCCUUUGUGGCAUACACUGAAGGCGGUGCUGGGUACGUAGUCUUGGGAUACGAUGUCAACGAAACUGGGAUCUAUGGCCCUGACAUGUUUGAUUUUCAGAGGACAUAUGAUUUGCUUCAUCCAUGGAAGCGAAUUCAGUUCUCUUGA